CGUGGGCUCCGGGCGGAUGGAGUCGGCGCGGAGACCGCGGCUGAGCCUGAGCCGCAGGAGACCGCCGUCGGGGGUCGGGAGCCCAUGCGCAGCCCCGAGCAGGCGCCCCCGGAGAGCUUCACGGUGGGAACCAAGACCUUCUCCUGGACGCCCUUCCCGCCCGUCCCGGAGCGAGGCAGGGGCCGGGUCCGCUCCUGCCCGGUGUCCCCCCAACACCACCCCGUGCGUGAGCCCCGCGGGACCCCCAGCGCCGAGGAGCAGCCGUCCUUGGAGGGGACGCCGACCCUGCGGAGCUGCCCCAUGUGCCAAGCCGACUUCUCUCCCGGAGACAGAUGCCAUCGGAGCAGCGGGAGCGGUGGCGCUGGUCAGCAGGAGGCGCCAGCAGCCUGGACGCCUCUGGCGGAGCAGUGGGGCUGGCCCCGUUGGACAUCGACAGCCAUCUGGCUCAGUGCCUGGCGGACAGCACGGACGACGUGGUGUGGUGAGCCCUUCCUGGCCCCGCGGCUUCCCCUCCACCUGCCAGACCACGUCCUCUGCUCCCCGUGCUAAGAAGCUACACAUUAAAACGUGUCAGUGUGCAGUGCUCGUAUCUCCAUGUGUACAGACUGAAGCACUGGGUCCUUUUUCCUCUGUGGCUGUCGCUGAGCAGAAUGAUGGCCAAGGUCAGGAAACGGACAGGGCCGCCUGGCAGAGGACCCGCCCGGGCAGGUUAGCGGGGACAGCCUCACGGGCAGUAUGGGUAUUUGUGCCUGAGUUGGCCCGAGUGCGGACAUGGUGCUCACUGUGCCGCUCAGUGAAAGACGCCCGUCUGAAAGGCUACGGACUGUGCGAUUCCAGCCAUAGGACACCCGAGAAAAGGCAGAACUGUGGAGACGAUACAGAGAUUGGCGGUUGCCAGAGGUCAGUGGGGAGGGAGGGUUAAACAGGCAGAGCACAGGAUUUUGAGGGCAGUGGAAGUACUCCGGAUGGACCACAGCGGUGGAUGCGUGAGACACACAUCAAACGUGGGUCCAGACCCACACUCAGCGCCGGUUCAGCAGUUGUUGUUUUUUAAUAGCUUUUUAAAGAAAUUCUUUUUUGGUGGAAAAUUAAGUUUAUUUAUUUUUAAUGGAGGGACUGGGGACUGAAGCCAGGACCUCCUGCAUGCUAAGCACACACUCCACCACUGAGCUCUGCCCUCUCCUGAUUCAUCGGCUGUAACAAAUGCACCCUGUGUGGAGAGAGGAUGUUGAUGGUGGGGAGGCUGCGGGGGGGGGGGGGGGCAGGGAUACGAGACCUCUCUGUACCCACCCAUCACUUUUGCUGUGAACCUAAAACUGCUCAUAAAAUGUUUUUAUAAAAAUGGCUUCAACAGCCUUGGCUUCCUGGAGACACUUUUAAUGAAAAGAGUAACAGUCAGCAUUGUCGUUAAAGUCUUUAAUGAGCGUGCAAGACAGGAGCGGGCGUGGCCGUUGGGGACACUAACCCGCAGAGGGAGAGCUGCCGGCCACUCACUCAUCGUACAAAACCACCAGGACGCGUCUGCCGCUUUACAGUCGUGGCGUCACCCGUUUCCAAAGACUGUUCCGAAAGGACACACACCUUGUUGUGACUGCAGCUGUUCAAAAAUGUUAGGAUUUGUUUCCAAACCCCACCUCGGUACACCCUUCACCUUUACGUUAUGAAACAAUUGACUGUGAGAUCUCCCUUGACCAUGAGCACAGGUUACGCACAUGUUUUGUACACGAGCAACCACACUGGUAACCGGGAAGCUAUUUGGCAACAUGGCAACAUUGGAAUAAAUGCUGAAGUUUGAGCAAAUUCAGAGCCCCUGUACUGUUGGAGCAAAGAUGUCACCAACGCAGCAAGUGACCCCUCUGGGGAGCAGGGGGCUCUGAGGCCACUUGUCACCACUCCAUGGGCACACUGGGGUCUCCCUCCCCAGGUGACACCAGCAGGUCCCAGUGCUCCCUGGUCACGAGUGACUGCAUAGCCCUCAGGCCCAGCUCUGUGACUGGCGUCCCUGCUGGGCCAACACCCAUGAGACCCACAAGUCGGCUCACAGACUGCUCUGUGUCCCCAGGUUUUGUCUCUGGAGGCAGGUCUUCCUGGUACAACGGGGGGUUGGACGUAUGCUGGAAACAAGUCUCCACGUCCCAUAGACGCUGCUCUGCAACCCAGGGUGGCUCAGGGUGCGAGGGACCUGGGGUCUUGGGGACACCGACCUGGUGCUGCACCCCAAGGAGCUGCAGCCUGAGCGUGGGGAGGGGUGGGCUGCAUUUGCAGAACGAGGCCCAGGGGCUGCAUGGUGAUGCAGGCCAUGUGCGCACGGAGGAUGUCAAGUACUUGUCCCUGGGACUUGGUCCCAAUGGCGGACAAGAGCCCCGCCAGUGCUCUCGGGGACUUGCCUCACCUGACAUGUUGGGGACUUAAAAAAACCCUUAAAAACUCUUCCUGGAAAACCCUCGGUUUGGCUUUUCACCUAAGGAGGGUGACCAAGUGACAAGUGCCCCUGCGGAGAACACCGGAAGCAGGAGGGGAGGGGAGCCGUGUCAGGAAAAUGCAGGAUGGCUGAGAGCGUCCUGCACUUACUGCUGAGCUUUAAGGCUGGGGCCCGUCAUACACACGUCUCCUUGAAACGUCUAGUUCUGAGUGUCAGCCUGACGGAUAAAAAUGUUUUCCAAAAUUCCGAUCGGUAACAAGACAUCACGGAAGCACUGCUUCAUGCUUCCAGAAAUACAUUUUGUACAGACUGAGUUUUCAAUUUGUUUCUUUUUUCUUUUGGUCUCUGGGUGCUUUGGUGAGCUCCACGCUGCAGAACCUCUACGAUCCACUUUUCCUCACUGGGGUCUACUGCCCUGGUGGGGACCAGCGGGCCAUCUGGUGAAGGUGUGACUGGGGCCUUAGGCCACGUGGCUACUUACACGCUCUGUAGGAAAGUUCUGUUAAACGUUAACAACCGGAACUUACCGGGGCUUAGAAAAUGUUCCAAAUU